AUGAGCUUCGAGACGACAUCGCCCAACAUCUGGGUGCUCUCCUUCCACAACUUCCUCAACCAGUGGCAGAGCUCCGACCGCGUCCUGCUGAUCGCCAAAUGGCUCUUUUAUUGCGUAAUGUUCACCUUUCCCUUUGCCCUGCCGAUCGCAUAUCGACAUCUGGCGCUGCCCGAGGAAAUAGUGGAGAUCAGGAACGAAGAGGUUGAGGGUUACGAUCCUAAAGAUUACGACAGCUUUUUGUGCUUCGUUACAACGAUAUCUGGACUCUGGACUCUGGCGCUUGGAAAUGUGUAUCGAUGGCCAGUCCCAGUGGAUCUCGACGGGGGUCAGACUUUCCACAACGGGGGCACGGUUUACGGACCGGAACGAGCUUAG